UAGUUGUUGUUGUUGUCUGGGGCAAGCCGGGUGAAGAGUGGGCGGGGCGUUACUCUGCGUGACGUGUCACAGGCGCGCAGGGCAUGCUGGGAGAAGAUCUCAUCAACUGGAUCUGGGUACUGACAGUGCCAUCAGCAGAUUGUGACAGAGACUGAAAAAGACCUUUGAGACAAAUCCAUCCUCAUACUGGCCCGAUGAGACGCCAGGCUAAGCACCUUGCUCUAAUGCAAGCCCUCCAUCGUCGAAAUCGUAUCAGACAGCUAAGGCAGUUCAGGGCUCGACAGCAGCCCCCUGGUACUCCACCUUCCAUGGAUACCAACACCCCUUCAGUUUCUGGCACCGACUCUGAAACUUGCUUAUCUGUUUCCUUUGAUACUGGCAGCUCUGCACACUCUGAAGCUUUCUCACCUGCAAGCUCUGGUGCUGGCAUACCUGCAGAAUCUGACCCUGUCUCCGUUGCAGAGACUGGAAUUGGUACCUCUGAUGCCACUGAGCCUGUAGCAUUUGGCUCUGGUUCCUCUGCAGACUCUGCCACUGCUUCAGACAUGAACAGUGACACUUUUUCUGAAUCUUAUGCAUACUCUGACACUGUUUCCUAUAUCUACUCUGGAAACAACUCUACUAAUUUUGACUCCUAUCUAUACUCCAACAAUGACUCCUGGGAGUACCCUGACUCCAAUAGCUUCUCUGAUGCCAGCACAUAUGUAUACUCCGAGGCUGGCAUACCUGUUAUCUCCGACUCUGCAUCUCCUAUUGCCUCUGACCCUGGCUCACCUGCAGCCUCCAACACUGGCUCCUAUGCAAUCACUUAUCCUGACAAAAUUGAAAGUCUGUUUGGCAACUCACCUACAGUCUCUGAUGCAGGCUCACAUGGCAAGCUACCGUUAGCCCCACAGUCUAUUAUACAAGGGGCCUCCCCCCCUAUAUCACAUGUAGUCUCACACCCUGGUCCUCCUGCAGCCAAACACUAUACACCCCCUGCAGCCUCAUCAACAGAAGUUUCUCCCAGCAGAUUAAUAGCUCCUGGUGCCGGCACACCUACAGUCUCUGACAUGGGAUCAACCGUUGGCUUACCUGCAGCCAUGCACAAUGGCUUUCCUGCAUCCUCACACUCUGUCCUGCCUGCAGAAGCACCACCGGCUUCACUGGCAGAGGUUCCAGCCCUGCUAAGCAUCCAGAAACGACUAGAUGCCCUACAUGCUGAGAUACAUGAGAUGAGGAAAGAAAUAUCCUUCCACUUCAACCAACUCUUCACCCGACUGCAGUAAUGUCAAAGGGAUUCCAUUUUCUCAGAAUCCGCAAGUAAAUGUUCCAGGUUUUUGUGUUCCUACAGAUUUCAGUAAAAAUGUUGCAAUGUUUCUAAA